AUGACGAGCCUCCAGCAUGCACAAUACGGCAGUGGACAUCUCGGCCGCUCACGGCAGAAGGCAACCUUGACACGCUCUCGGCGAGUCACACAACGUACACGGCUUCGUGCGCCGGUUGAUGCUGUGGAGGCGGACGAUAGCUUUUUCAAUACUGGCCUUCGUCUGCAGGAGGCAAGCCAACUGACCGUGCUGACGUGGCUGGCUUUUCAAUUGCUUUCACUUGUCCUGCAGUGGCAGUUCUGGCAAGAAGUGAGGACGAACUUGGAUUUGUUUGGUGAGACUUUAGCCGUGCACUGCGCGCAAGAUGUCUCCCAGCAUGGUGUUUGUCACGGUCCGAUCUGGAACGUCUCAGCCUGGCAUGAAUUCGUUUUGCAUGGCAAGCCUUCAAGGCUAUGGCAUGCGGAAUUGCCCUCAGUGCACCUGCGGACACGUGGUCGAUUGAUUGACUCGAUUCCUGCCAUUGAUGCAGAGAUUGCCCAGCUGGAGCAGGAGACAGCCAACCGCUUGAAGCAGCUGCGUGAGAGGCGGGCUGAGCUGAUGGUUCUGCAGGGCUUGAUGCCCGCGGGCCUGAACCACUCGGUUACCGGUCGCGCCUUCAACUCGACAUACAUCUUCCAGUUCGAAACACGCUCCUCGCCUCCGGUUUUCCUGCUAUCCUUGAACCCCAUCGCACGGUCACAUCGUGUGGGGGAGAUGCCGCCAACCAUCGUGCCGUCGGACGACGCGGAAGGCAGUGAUCUGUGGCCAUGGUCGUUGCAAGUACGACGGCUGGAACCGACGCAAGCGGCGGCCGACUAUCAGCGGUUUGGCUCUGGCGAGAAGGUGAUCACCAUCGAGGACCAGUCUGUAGAAGCGGUCUCCUCGGUGCGUCAGAAGGGCUACGUCCGCUGGGAGGUGAUGGUACAAAGCUCCGAUCUGUCGGGGAAGCAGACUCGCUUCGACGCUGCUGGGAUAUCUCCUUCCAUGCGGCAUGGUAGCGGCGCUGGCAGCUUGCAAGCAGUCUAUUGGCGAGCACUACGUGCUCAGCACGACCCGCCGGAUCUGGAUGUUGAACUGAGCAAGGCUCCACCUGACGACACCUCCGGCUGCUGCGGCUUUCAAGCCAUAAUUCUCGUCAAGCUGGUGGUUAUGGAUGUCCCGCAGCAGGUUUGCAUCGUUCUGUAUCUCCUCGGCUGGUAUGAGCAGGAAGGGCUUCGUUGUCAGCUCUGCCUCUUCCAUCCACAGCACUGCGAGCCGGAGCAUCCCUUCCGUUUGGCCAACUCCGCUGCCUUCUUAUGCACGCUGCUGUCUUCAGUGGCCAAUCAGAUAAUCAUCGGCCCCAGUCAGAAGCACAAGGCAUCCGGCGAGUCUGGCGCAGAAUGGAUAGUGAGGAUUGGUCUGUUGUGUGUUUCCAUCCUGCCAUUUACCACCGGGGUGUACUGGGCCACCUCCGCACUUGUCUGGACCCCUGUGCUCGCUCGGAUACUUUUCUUUCUGCCGUGUGUCAUAGGCUGGUUCUGCAUAUUUGCGACCGUCCUGUCUUGCCUCGUGGCUUGCUGUGCUGAAGCGCCGCACGCCAAGUUGACAGAGAGCGUUCGAUUUCAAGCUUGA